UGUGUGUCUUCAAACUGUUAUUUACUUACAACUAUCAUAGUAUCAUAUAUACAUUAAAAAUACAGUUUUACUGGAGCUCAGUGGUUAAUAUAACUUGCUUUCAAUCAUAAAACUGGAGUACAUACCUCAGGUUGCACAUAAUAAGCCAGGAACUUGGUAAAGAACCUACCUUUCAAUCAUGAAGAGAUCUGAUGCUCCCUCCUCCCCUUUGCUCAUUGGACAACAACAGAAGCUGUUCACUUGUGUAUCCAUACGUUUACACAGUGUGUGUGUUACACCGAAACAGAAAUAAUAAGUUCUAGAACAUAAACAAAAAUAUCAUCAGUUACUGUAUACUUUUUCCAUUGGAACAUUUAAUUCCUUUAUAUUUAGAAUAACCCUUUGUAAGUAAAGACCUACAGUUGACAAUUGCUAAUUGUUUUCUAGGUGCCUGGAGAUCUAAAUUUAUUUAUCAUUUGCUUUGUAAUUUGUUGAUUUGUUUGGGAUUGGGAGACAUUUGUUUGUGUGUUGGUUGGUUGAUUGGUUUUUAGUGGCAUGCUUUUAUCUAUUUCUUUAGCUUGUUCAUAUUUACUAUAGUUUUUUAAGUUAUUAUUAGCAUGAAAAUGUGUGCUUAAUAGAAUAUUUUUAAAAUAUGAUAACAUUAUUAGCAUAUGAAAUUCUAAAUUUUUACCUCCAACCACUUACUAUUUAAUGUUUUUUUUGUUUUGUUUUGUUUUUGUUUUUGUUUUUUUUUUUAAUUUACCCUCUGGGUGGUUAAAUGAGAACUGCCUCCUCUAGUCCCCCUUAGUUAAACAUUUUGUUCUCAAUUGUUGGCAUUGUCUGGAAAUUUUAGGAGCUGUUGCCUUGCUGGGAAAGUAUGUCAGGGAUACAGAGCAGGCUUUGAGAGCUUAAACUUUUGUUCUACUUUCAGUUUCCUCUCUGUGUUUCAUAUUUGCAGUUGAGCUGUGAUCUCUCUUUGUCUGCUCCUAUUUCCAUGCCCGCUGCUUACUGCCAAGCCUUCAGUUCUUAUACUGUCAGCAUAUGCCUCCCUGAUGUCACCACCAGUUUGAACCUGAAGACCACACCUUGAAGGUUUCUGAUUGAGGAAGACACUGACGAUUCCCAUUCUCUUACAUAGUGAAAGAAUCAUAAAAAGAGGUUCUAAGACCAAGAGUGCAGGUGGCCACCAGCAUGAGGAACCCAGUUCACGUUGAUGAAAUGAAAGAAGCAAAAUGCAGUGUUCAAGGCAUGUUUCAAGCAGUUGGCUGGUGGGACUUUGAGAGAUGCUGCCGCCCGUGAUGUGGUGGAGUUAUCAUGAUCAACCACUCCGUUCGGAUUUCAACCAGUUGCCAUGAGCUUUGUCUGAUAGACCACAGCAGGAGUUGGAUUUUUAAAAAGGAGCAAACCAGGUAAAUGAAAAUCAUCAAAUCUGCAACCUGGGGAUGGUUCAAUGGAUAAGAAAGCUUGCAGUGGGAACAAGAGGACCUGGAUUCAAAUUGCCAGCACCCACUAUACCACUCCCACUAUUCCUUCUACACAGUUCUUUUAAGAGACAAGCAAAACACAGGCCCGUAACCAAGGUGUAGACAAAGAAGUGGAGUCAUGCUUCACACGGCUAUACCAUGCUGGCAGCCAUUCCUGGGUCUGGCUGUGGUGUUACUCUUAAUGGGAUCCACCAUUGGCUGUCCUGCUCGCUGUGAGUGCUCCGCCCAGAACAAAUCUGUUAGCUGCCACAGAAGACGAUUGCUCGCGAUCCCAGAAGGCAUUCCCAUUGAGACCAAAAUCUUGGACCUGAGCAAAAAUCGACUAAAGAGCAUAAACCCUGAAGAGUUCAUCUCAUAUCCUCUGUUGGAGGAGAUAGACUUGAGCGACAACAUUAUUGCCAAUGUGGAGCCUGGGGCAUUUAACAAUCUCUUUAACCUGCGUUCCCUCCGCCUAAAAGGCAAUCGCCUUAAGUUGGUCCCUUUAGGAGUAUUCACAGGACUGUCCAACCUCACCAAGCUUGACAUUAGUGAGAAUAAGAUUGUCAUUUUGCUGGACUACAUGUUCCAGGAUCUGCAUAACCUGAAGUCUCUAGAAGUGGGGGACAAUGAUUUAGUGUAUAUCUCACACAGGGCCUUCAGCGGACUACUUAGCUUGGAGCAGCUCACCCUGGAGAAGUGCAACUUGACAGCAGUACCAACAGAAGCCCUUUCCCAUCUCCGCAGCCUCAUCGCCCUGCAUCUGAAGCAUCUCAAUAUCAACAAUAUGCCUGUGUAUGCCUUUAAAAGAUUGUUCCACCUGAAAAACCUAGAGAUCGACUAUUGGCCUUUGUUGGAUUUGAUGCCAGCCAACAGCCUCUAUGGUCUCAACCUCACGUCCCUUUCAAUCACCAACACCAACCUGUCCACUGUCCCCUUCCUCGCCUUUAAACACCUUGUAUACCUGACCCACCUUAACCUCUCCUACAAUCCCAUCAGCACUAUUGAAGCUGGCAUGUUCUCUGACCUGAUCCGCCUACAGGAGCUUCAUAUAGUGGGGGCCCAGCUCCGCACUAUUGAGCCUCACUCCUUCCAAGGGCUCCGCUUCCUCCGUGUGCUCAAUGUAUCUCAGAACCUGCUGGAAACAUUGGAAGAGAACGUCUUCUCCUCCCCUAGGGCUUUGGAGGUCCUGAGCAUUAACAACAACCCACUAGCCUGUGACUGCCGACUCCUCUGGCUCCUGCAGCGACAACCCAACCUGCAGUUUGGGGGCCAGCAGCCCAUGUGUGCUGGGCCAGACACCAUCCGUGAGAGAUCAUUUAAGGAUUUCCAUAGCACUGCUCUUUCUUUUUAUUUUACCUGCAAAAAACCCAAAAUCCGUGAAAAGAAGUUACAGCAUCUCCUCGUGGAUGAAGGGCAAACGGUCCAGCUGGAGUGCAACGCUGAUGGAGACCCGCAGCCCGUGAUUUCCUGGGUGACACCUCGAAGGCGUUUUAUCACCACCAAGUCCAACGGAAGGGCCACUGUGUUGGGUGAUGGCACCUUGGAAAUCCGUUUUGCCCAGGAUCAAGACAGUGGGAUGUAUGUUUGCAUCGCGAGCAACGCUGCUGGGAACGAUACCUUCACAGCAUCUCUCACUGUGAAGGGAUUCACGUCAGACCGCUUCCUUUACGCAAACAGGACCCCUAUGUACAUGACUGACUCCAACGACACCGUUUCCAACGGCACUAAUGCCAAUACUUUCUCCCUGGACCUUAAAACAAUACUGGUAUCUACAGCCAUGGGCUGUUUCACAUUCCUGGGAGUGGUUUUAUUUUGUUUUCUCCUUCUUUUUGUGUGGAGCCGAGGGAAAGGCAAGCACAAAAACAGCAUUGACCUUGAGUAUGUGCCCCGAAAAAACAAUGGUGCUGUUGUGGAAGGGGAGGUGGCUGGCCCCAGGAGGUUCAACAUGAAAAUGAUCUAAGGGCCCACCACACACUACUGUCUCUCUGUUACUGUUGGUCGUGAGUAAGACGUCUGAUAGAGUGACUCGAUCACAAGGUUAUCGGGCAGCUUUGCGCAGCUGCCCCUGUGUCAAAGCAGGGUCCAUGGAAGCAGGAAGACUUCUCAUGGAGACUGGCUGAUUAGAGGCAGGCAGGCAUGUGUCAGAGCCCUUCACACAGUGGGAUACUAAUUGUUUGCAUUGCAAAUAUUGGCAUUCUGGGGAUCUCAGCAAUGAACCUGAACCUUUGGCUCAUGCUGAUGGACAAUAAUUCAACAUUUUCUACCACUGCAAAACUAAAAGGAAAAAAAAUUAAAAAGAACAACCUACAGUGUAGGAUUUACAUAUUAAAAAGACACAUUUGUCUAAAACAUACUCUACAGUCAAAUUUGUAUUUAUUAUCAUUUGUUAAAACCUUGCAUCAUACAAUACUGUUGGUUCAGCACCAAAAAGAGAUCAAUAUAUUCUUUUUUUUGAAACAUAUAUGCUGUAUAUGUUUUAAAGCAAUAUGAAUGAGAGGUUGUGCUUUUAGUUACUCACCAGUAUAGAUCCAAGUGUGGUUUCACCUUCCUUUUACCUGCAGAUAAACCUGAGAAUAGAUCCCUGGAAUACUAGGCAGAGAUGUGUUGAGAUGUGUAUGUCUGAUGUAGGAUGCCAAGAAACAAGACCCAAGUCAAAACUGCUCAACUCUGUUAACUUCUGUUACUAUAAAUAAAGGCAUGUGCCUAGUUUUGAUACAGAAUGGAAUAUUUUUUAUACAUACACUACCAACCUGGACCAGUUUACUGUAACAGAAGCCCUUGGUUUCUCCAGAAGGCGGUACAUCGCUAGGGGUACCUAUAGAAUACAAGGUAGGUGUCACUCUUAAAAGUAAUCCAUGUAGCUACUGCUUAGUUUUACUUUCGCCAGUCACUGCUAAUGGGUUAAUGACCAAUGGAAAAGAGAAUAUUGAUUAUAUAGAAUUAUUUGGCAAUAUUCACCAAUAGCUAAUAUCAAUAAUUCUGUUGUCCGAAAGCCCUCUGAAUAAGGAGGUUUCAGAAGUCAAUAGGAAGCAGGGAGAGACAAGAGCAUCACAGCAGCGAUUCAGCCAAUGAUCUCUUUCAAAUGUGGCAGCUGCCUGCCGGAUGGCUACAAAUCAAAGGGAAUACGCUGCACAUGCCAGCCCAACUUCUAUCCAAGUACUAUACACAGAGUAGGACCACAGUUAGGCAACUUCAGGAUAUUCCUCUGCUUCCUGAUCAAGAUCUUUAGUUUCAUAUUGAAAACCAUAUUACACAGCUACGAGGAAUAUGUUUUGUGUGAAAGAAGUAAAAGUAGUGAAAGAAAAACCAAUAUAGAUCUAAAAAACAAUGUUUUGUUCCUUCACUGGGGAAGAGCUAAGCUUAUAGUUCUACAAAUAUGUAAUGCUGUGCCAAUUCUUUUACCUUCUUGACCUGAGCAUAUUUGCCCAAUUAAGUUGAUAUUAAUGUUACUAAUGCAAACAUAACCAGAAAAAAAAAGAAAAAGAAAAGAAAGAAAAUAGCAUUAUUAUCAUAAGUGACCUGGUUCAAGAAAGCACAAUUCCAUUUGGCUGAGUCCUGCAUAACUUUCAAAGAAUAUAUCCAUGUGGCCUGAAAAAUAUUGGAUGCAGGCUAUAUUCCCGAAAUGACAUGUAUUUAAUCAAUAUAGGCAAAGUUUCUACAUUUUUCACAUUUUGAGAGGAUAUUGAAGAAGGUCUCCUUUAGGUUAUGUUGUAAGAUAUAAUAGAAGGAUUCUGGGAUUUCUUCCUUUUAGUAUUGUAGGUCUGACCCUCAAAAGCCUACCUUCAUAAAAUAUUUGAAAAUAUGGAAAAAUUUAAUACUAUUAAAUUGGCCUUUAUUUCUAAAAGUUUUGCAGAUUGCUUUGCAAACUGGGUGGCAGUACAUCUAAACCCAUUUCUCCUUUACCAGUGGGUAGCAACUGAGUGUGGAUGUGUGUGUGUGUGUGCCUGUGUGUGUGUGUGUGUGUGUGUAUUUAAGAUUGAAUAAUUACCUGCUUGAGUUAGAGUUCAUUUAAUUAUCCUAAUGAUUAUCACAAAUAUUUUACAAAUUAAAUUUUUAUUUGUAGAGUAAUUUAUUUCUAGCAAUUUGUAUUGAUCUAAGCUAAAUUCUAUCCAAAUGUCUCUUAAAAAAACUAAAUGCUAUGUUCUUACAAUUAAGAAAGUUAAAGUAGAAAGGUAGCCUUACAAAAGAGAAUCUAUUUCCUUUUAAUUUUGAAACACAUUAAAAAGUAUGUACUGACAAACUCUGUGUGUGUGUGUGUGUGUGUGUGUGUGUGUAAAAGGGAAAGAGAGAGAGAGAGAGAGAGAGAGGAGCUAUUGACCUAAAAGAGGGUUUUGUUAUUCCACUAUUUUCUGGCAAGUAUCAUAAAAGUUAAAUAAAAGUCUUUGAAAGAAAAUGAAAUUUGAUUUAAGUUAAAAGAUGAAAUAUUUAGUUCAAAGAUUUCAAAGGUUUGUAUGUUAUUCUGUCAAAAGAAGAGAGAUUCUGUCCUCUUGGGGAUUUAUCCUCUGACCCAUAGAAUACUUAAGAUACUGCUAAACAACCUUCCAAAACGAAGACCCACUAACUAAUAAAUUGAACAAAUGGUGCAUUCUAUAGCCCCAACUUACAAGUUCAAAAAAAAAAUCUGUAAUUCUAAUAAACCCUUUGAAAAGUCUCAUCUUUAAUAUAUUUCAUUCUGGGAUUUUUCUCUUAUGUAUUUUGAGCAUGAAGUACCACUUUUCCUACUUUUAGCAUCUCCCCAAACUGGAGUUCCAUAUAUCUCCCAAGUGGUCAGCUUUAGACCCGUGGCCUUCCCAAAUGUCCUUAAUCCAACGAUUUUAGUAAGAGUACAAUUAUUAUUGUAAUAACAUUUCAGACCAUGAUAGCAUAUUUACCUGAUUUUUCCAGGGGAAUUGGCAACUUCUUCCAUAAAGCAGUAUACUAAAGGAUUUAUUUAAAAAACGAAUGGGCAUCUAACUUCCCAUUUCCUCACUGUUGGUAGUAAUCAUUGGGAUUUGCAGAGCCCUCGAAUUCCACUGACCACAGCUCUGGGGCUUUUCUGUACAGUUUUACAAAAGGAUUGCAUGAUUUUUUUUUCUUUAUGGUCACUUCUCUGUUAGAUUAAGCAAGACCAUUGUAAAGAAUAACUGGUCAGACCAGUCAGUAUUCCAGCCUGCUUGUCCCUUUGGACACUCCAUCUCUGAGCUCCGUCUUUGACGAGAGGGCCUUGGUGUGUCCUAGUAAGAAACACAACUCUCUGACCCAGCAUGUUGUUCUUAGUUGACCAGUAGUCUGUACAUUCGUAAGCAUUUUCAAAGAACCACUUACUCUUUCUAGCAUCAAACAUAAGAAAACUUCCUGGCCAGAGCCCUAAUCCUCUAAGUUUAUUCAUCAACCCGAGUAUUGUUAAGCAAAUUCCUAAAAUAAGGUAACUAACUUAGCCAAACAAGACGGGUUUGGUGUGCUGAUAAGCAAUUUCUCCUUUGCAGAAAUCCUUAUUUUAUUUUAUUUUAUUUUAUUUUCCAGCCUCUUUUCAUUUCCACAGCAUCUGUAAUCACGUACUUUUCAAGUACUUUCAAAUUCUGAACAUACAGUACAGAAAUUGCUAAGCCUCCACGUUCAUAGGGACAUUUGUGAAAACUAGGCUUGGUCAGCCUUCUUGGUAAUUUUGCUUAUCAACAACAGCUCUCUCACAGUACAAACAUCCAGAAUCUUUUCUUUUCUCCUUGUUCUGUCAAAGAAUUUGUUUUUGGUUCACAUAGAAAGUUCAAGGGUCACAAUCCUCUAUAGCUCUUUAAAUGGGAUUAUUUAAAUCUCAUCUCCACUGAAGCCUGGCUUGUGUCACAUUCCAUUCUUGCAGUAGGAACAGAUAUAUUUCUGUAUGAGAGGCACAAAAAAAGAGAGGGUGUGAUCCUAGAGAAGUAAAAUUGCAUAGAGCCCCGUGUAAAUUAACUUUUACUUACAGGGUCUUUCUUCAUCUCUCUGUCAAAGCAUUUCUUUUAUCUUCAGGGGCUGUGCACAGAACUGUGAAACAACACAGAAUGUGUCUUGAGGCUCUGUAGAAAAGAAAAAAAUAGAUCAUUUUCAACUGAAAAGACUCAGACCUGACAGAAAAGACAUCAAGAAUUUAAAGAAGGGCUGGAGGGAGACAAGGGAUCUAUUUAAAUUCUAUUUCCUUUAUUGCUCAUUUUUAUAGUUCUCUCCCGACUGAAGAAGAAUUGGUGAUUGUGCUUCUGUUUAAACUUUCAUGGCAUCUUAGCUUCUUCUCUGAGUUCUGGCCAUCUGUAGUGCACAUGGGAUUGCAAAUGGGUUCUGUGGGGUAUGAACCAAGUUAAAGAAAACAAAACAAAACAACAACAAAGCAAAACAACAACAACAACAGUCCAUUGAGACCAAAGCCAUUCAUUCUAUUUGGUAUUUAGAGUAAAGAUGUAUCAUUUUUAUUACUGAAAUGAGCAUUUCCUUGUAGAAUAAUAUAUCAUAGGACCAGUCAUUUCUAUUGACUUUCCUCUAUUCAACCCCUUUGGUCUAAUACCCAUGAUUGUUUUUGAUGAAAUUUUUUACAUUAUUCCGCCUUUAUAGAAAAGAUUGGGCAAUAAAAUUUCAUUUGACAUUGGAUUUUGGGGUUUUUUUGUUUUUUUAAUUUGGAUAGGUGACAUAGGUGUAUCUUGGUAUCUAGCAAACACUUGAUAUGAAUGUCUUUCCGUUUCUACCUUCAAAUGCCUCCUUACAUGUAAGCCAGCAAACUUAUGAUUACCACGUUUAAGAACUCCUCCCAACACAGGCCAAAGAGAAGAGAGAUGAGUGCAUAUUUGCUGUGGUCUUUGACUAAGUUGGCUCCUGGGGCCUAAAUCUAUGCUUACACAGUUAGCUAAGAAAUGAUGCCAUAAGUAAAUAAUUAAUGAUAUAAUUUUUUAAUAUGAAAUUACCUUGUCCAGUUAGAGAGCAGUAAAUGUAGCUGUGUGUUUCCUCCAGAAGUGGGCAGAGACUGGAACUGCUCGUCUACAGUCAGCUUCUCAACAGAUGGCCAAGAUGAAGCCCUGGUGACAGAAACAACUGAAACAACCAAAGGUGUGCUUAAAAUACAGGCAAGAAGGCUUAAAGCACAAAGUAAACAGAUGCUUCUGCUUCUAAUAUAGGAAUCUGACCAAGAGCUUUAGAUUUUUCUCCUUCCGUUUGAUUCAAUACCCCUUUUCACACACUCCAAGCUCCCUGCUGGACAUCCAGAAUGGAAAUGAAGCAGCAGUGUGUGGAGCAGAUGCCCCUGCUAAUGGACUAGAUCCCAUGGCUUUGGGCCAGCAGUGGUGAUGUUUCAGCCAGGAUCAAGUCCUAUGCAUACUAUAUUUUACACUGUACACACCUACCUAUUGAUUAAGAUUUAACUUAUAAAUCAGGCAUGGUAAAAGUUUAACAGCACUAAUAAUAAGCUAGAAAAACAACAGUAAUAUAUUUUAAUUUUUGUUGGGAAGUUAACCACUGGUAGUAAGUCUACAGACAGCAAAAAGCCUUCACAGUCCCUUAUGUUCCUGUGCCCAUUGUGGAGACCACAGGUGAAAUGAUAGCUCCUUCUGUACUCUCCUAUCCAUCACUGCCACCUGUAAGCUACUGCUGUACCUCACCAAUGACAGCUCUCUCCAGAGAGGAAUCUUCUUUCAUUAGAUGUCAGAAAUUCUUGUGUAAUUGUUCAAUUGGAGGUUGCCUCAAAGAAAAAAGAAAGAAGAAUAACACUUUAGAAGUUAAGGCUUCCUAUUCACAUAGUCUCAAUCUGACAGCAAUCUGGAGGUGUUCUCUCUCUCUCUCUCUCUCUCUCUCUCUCUCUCUCUCUCUCUCUCUCUCUCUCUCUCUCUCUCUCUCUCUCCCCGAAACAAGUGGGCUAAUGUAAAACUAUCUUUGAAUAGAAUACUUUCUUUAUAGCCUGAGCAAAAAGAAACAACCUGAUAUAAUCAGGAGAACACUUAACACUUUAAGAAAGGCUCUACCUGUAAUAUGCUAAAAUGCUUUAGAAAAAGAACAAAACUGCAACUGUGGGGGUUUUUUGCAUUGGUUAACUACAUUUUAAUUCCAGUACUGUUCAAAAGAUAACUGCCCAUGCUGAAAAUGGACCUAAGAUAUUUGUUCCUGACCCAGAAUGGCAAAAAGGAGCAGACAUUGUCUGCAUGUUGGCUUUCUUUAUAGUUCUGCACGCCUCCCAUUUGAAAUUGCUUUAUCAUCCUUAUUCUACACUGCAAAAUCAUUGACAAAAGCUACGAGCCAUAUGUCAAGAAAUAAUAAUGAGAUGGAAGAUUCAGCACAGCUUUGUGAAAAUGGUUCCCACUCCUUACAGCAGUAUGUCCACUCACACUCUCACCUGUGUGCACAUAUCCAUGGGACAAGACAAAUGGAACUGAGUUGUGAGAAAAAUACAGACUGUGUAGUGGAUAUUUGAAAGGAGACAUCCUCCUUUCUCCCUCAGCUAUAAAUUCAGAUACUCCAUGUCUACCUGGGCCAUUUAUACACAAUGUUCUUGUCUUCAUAGGCUAUUUCCAUAAAGCAGGAAAUGGCCCACAUCAUAAUCAAAGGCAAAGCUGCUGUUUGUUUGUAUAUAUGGAGAAGGUGGCUUUUUUUUAACUAUUUAAAAUAUAACUGUUUAAAAAGUUAGUAAGCUUUCACAGGAGAAAGAAAAAUGAAACAAUUUUACUGUAUUCCCCCCCCCCCUUUUUUUUAAUCAAAACCCAACAUAGGAACUGUACCAUGAUUGGCCAUUACUAACCAGGAACCUAACUUUUUUUUUUUUCAAGACGCCUGAAAGCCUGUUUUUGUUCUUAAAGGAAAUAGAAAAUAGUGCUAAAGACAAAAGAAUCUUCAUUUAGAUUUGUGUAUUGUUAACUAUUUUUACUGGGUAAUCAUCAUGGGUUGCACUGUUUUUUUUUUUUACAUGUAUAAAUAAGUUAACUUAUCAACAUGAAAUAAGUAAGAACAUACGUUCUGUUUGCUGAAGAAAAGGGCUUAUGCAUAUAGCAUCUCAGUUAAACCUGCUCUGGUAAUAUUUUAAAGAUGAUGUAGGUAAUUCUUUUUAAAAGCAAUGAAUCAUCUGGGACAUACUUUAUUCUUGAGAGAGAUACGUUCUAGAAACUUCACAAGCAACAUAAGGCUUCUUGGAAAGGUUAUUAGUACCAGACAGAGGAAGGACUCUGUCCAACUGUGAAGGAAGAUGCAUAUCUGAUUGAAUAUUGCAUAUCUGAUUGAAUAUUGCAUAUCUGAUUGAAUAUUCGUCUGAUGAUAGAACGAUUGUGGGCCACAGAGAGGCCAGGUGGUCAAGUUUUCUAAUCUUAGAUAUUACUAAGAGAUCAUGGGCUGAUCAGCCAUACUGUAAAGAUAUUAUAUUUUAGUGACGAUAAAUCCUGCAUUGCUUGUGAAAUUGUCAAAACCAUUUAACACUUACGCAUCCAGCAAGCCAUACAUAUGAGAGCAUCAUCUGUUUGGUUUAUUUUUUUCUAAGCCUUUGCUCAACUGGUUUUUCAUAAUCCAAGAUAUAUAUUUUACAGCAAAAUGCACAAAGUAAUAAAUUAAAAAGACUCUGGUAUAUUGCUAAUGGAAAAAGAGAAUUUUUUUCUAGUGUUAAGAAUAUAUUGAAAAUUCUUCUUGAGCAGUCUUACUGACAAAAGUAGGUUCUUCAGUGGUAUACCUUCAGGAAUAGACUUACAGAGACAAGCUCAGGUAGUUGUCCUGGUGUGGCAUUGUGUUUACCCUAUGUUGCUCAUUUUAUGACAUCCAGGGUAUCAUAUUGAUGGAAGACAAUAAAGCUUGGACUCACUGCCAGGCACCUGCAAAUGCAAAAAUUCUGUGGCUGCUAAAGAAAAAACAGAGUUAGCUAUUUAAUUUCAAAAUGUAAAGCUUGCAGUGUGAUUUUUUUUUUUUCUCCUUGAAGAAUUUUUUUUUUCUCAGGACUGCCAGCCAGAGCUGGUCCGACAGUAGUCACAGCUAUCACAGUAUCACUUUGUACAAUGAAAACAACAACAACAACAAAACCAUUUCCCACAGCGUUAUUCAGGAUGUGCUGCACACAUCUCCACCGACACCACAAGCGGACUUGUCCAGGGAACCCCAUCCAGGAUACGAUGAACCUACUGCUCCAGAACUUGCUCUUCGGCAUUGAGCAAGAUAUGAUGCCAUGAAACCUAAUUACUAAAUUCACUCCAAACAGGUUUUGAAUCAGUUACUGGCUGCUCACCCUGUACUUCUAAGGAUUGUCUGGCUAUGUGCUAUGUCAUAAACUAGAAGUUCAUCAUGUGUUUGUGUUUCUGCUUUCACUCUCCCUCCUGAGGAAAUUGCUCUGUUUUUGUUAAUUCUAUACCAUGAUACAGUGGAAAUAAAAGUUAUGAGAGCCUACCUAUUUCCUUUUAGAGAGAGAGAGAAAAAUAGAAGCCUGUUCCCUGACCCUAGAUUAUUUUCUUAAUUAGUCACUGUCAGACCCAAAACAGAGCAUGAAGUUAAAUGUGAAACAAAACCAAGUUAAGGAAACAGUGGUGAGAACUUGAGGGCAAAUCCACCUCACAUUUCCCCCACUGGUGGAAACCUGAAAACACUAGCUUCAAGGGCUUGCCACCCAGUGCCUUUCAUCAACUGUUACAAAUAACUCAGUGCAAAACCUAUAAACCUUUGUCAAAAACCUUGCAUUGGUAAGAAAGUCCCUUGUUCCGGCUACAUAGUCCUUGCUUCUUUCUGUGAUAUUCUGAAUAGUGUAAACCAGAACAUGCCAAAAUCGUCUCUACAUAGCACAUGAAUUUAAAAGUCAAUUAACACACACACAUGCACACACACACCCCCAAUACUCCUGGGUACCAUUUCACAAAAAAAGAUAGGAAAAAGAAAUGGUACCUGAGAGAUUAUGUCCUGCCUGAAGAAUGUCAUCAUCUUAUUUGGGCACCAAUAAAUAUAAUUAAGAUGAGAAUCUUCCAGGAGUGACAGUCUGAAAUUUGAAGCACAUGCCACUAGGUAGUGCAUGUCUGUGACAGAAAGGCCCUAAAUCUUGCUUGCAAUUGCAAAAUAGGUAUUUAUUGUCACAUUAGGAGACAAAUCUGUUUACCAGCUAUCCCUCCAAGGCAGAAGUAACAUUUAUGUGAACUUUUCUCUAACUGCAGCCUCACUGGGCAUAUUAUUCCUCACCACAAGAGAUCAAGACGCUAAUACCAUAGCACAGAGGCACUUCACUAUUUCUAAUCUACUUCUUUAGCCAUUGGCUAUUAGCUGCAUGUACAAAAGACAAAUAGUUUGCAUCUAUCACAUACAUAUAGAGUUCUCAUAAAAGUUAAAUAUUUCUUUAAACACACACAUGAGCGGGAGGGGUGGAGAAAGAAAAGAAGAAGAUAGGAGGAAGGGAGGAAGGGGGAGGGAAGGAGAGAGAGAGAGAGGGAGAGAGAGAGAGAGAGAGAGAGAGAGAGAGAGAGAGAGAGAGAGAGAGAGAGAGAGAGAACACUAUAGCAGAUUUCCUUAAACCUUCCACUCUAUCAGUUCAAAUACCCUAUUGGGAAUUAACCCACUGAGCACAGAACAACCAUGUAAUACAAAGAGAUCAUGGGGUCAGCCCCACCAUCUUGAUUUAUAUAAGCUCUUUCAUUUAAGCGCCACCCGAAGAAUUCAGUUGCCUGUGCUUCAGUGGCCCCGAGAGUCCUCCUUGGACUGGCAUAAGAACUUGCUGAUAUUAUGCAGGACUAGAUUUAAUACAAAGCACAUUUUUUUGCCUAGAGUCCUCUGAAACGAAUAAAUGGGUUCAGAGAGAUGGAAAAUAACUGGAAACUGUCUCCUGGCUGGUGAGGAGAGAUAACAGUAGCUCACUGUUUAGGCAGUUCUGUGUCUUCCCAGAACAGCACUUGUAAACUGAGAGGUACAAACCUUUAAAGUAAUGUCUUGAGUGAAUAAGCAGAUGUAGGAGACUUGAAGUGCAGAAGAAAAUCAAUAUAGCAUUGUGAAUGCUACACUGCCUCUAACCGCAGCACUCAUGGUUUGGGUUCCAAACCAUAAAUAGACACAUUCUGUAUUAAAAACAAUUUCAAUUUUUGUUAUAUUUAUUUUCUUUCGAAUAGUGCCAAUAUUGGCCCAGAUUUUCACAGAAAAUUCAGGAAACUACUUAAUUCCUUCUCGACUUUGAUUGGCUAUCACCAGUCAGCUUUUGCCACCUUCUGUUUUAAGAAAUGUAGAAAAUUUAAUUUCAUACUAUCCAAGCAGAAUCUCCUUCCCCAUGUAGUAUCUGCUGAGUGUACAUAAUCAAAAUAACUUAAUUGAACAUUGGUAAAUAAAAUCUUCUUCAAAUUGUGCUUCAAAUGUGAAUACACAUCAGUCCUUUGGGUUCCGUGCUGCUCACCACCUGUCUCUCAUUCCAGCAUCCAAACUAUGUGGUUUGGAGAUGGUCUUCAGUGUCCACCUAACCAGGCAGGGGUCUGGCAAUAAGGACCUACUUUCUUUAACGAUCCACUCUCAGGGAGUCAGAAUAGUUAAGUAUUUAAAAGAUACGGAUCUAGAGUGAGAGCCCCCAAGGCUCCAUCUCUGGAUUCAUUUUUCUUUGUGGGCAAAAUAUUUAACAUCUCUGCAUCCCUGUCUUAAAUGAGUCUAACACUACCUACCUCACAACGGUGCUGUGAGGCUUACUGGGAACAGCAUGUAGGACACUGUGUACAACUGCAAACCUGCCAUAAAGGUGCUAUGGGAUUUAGAUUGGGACAAAGCAGUGACUGUCCCCUCCCCUAACCCUAUGCCCCCAGGAGCCCCAGGUCUCUGAGGAUAUCUCUCUAGCCUCUGUGGCUUGGUUUAUCUUUAAUAUCACUGGCUUCUGCGAAAAUUCAUUUAAAAAAUUCUCUUCUCUCAUUAAGAGCUGCUGGCUUUGAAAUGCUAUUACUUUUAAACAAGAACAGAAGUGAUUCACUCCCAGGUGCUGGGGAUGGGGAAUCAGAUAUUCAGUUCAACGUGGAAUGGGCAUUUGAAUAGGUAUCUUCAAGGGGACGAAUUUUAUUGGUGAAAUUUUUGCCUAGAGCUUUCUGCUCUUUUCAGUCUGACUCCCCAGCUUUCUGUUUCAUGAUGCACCCUCUUUCCUUCUAAUUGAAAAGGAAGCUGCAAUUCUAAUUUCAUAAUGAUUCUUUGCAGUCUGUUUUGAUCAAAGGACAAGUUCUUUUCAACAACUGUUGUAAUUAUUUUCUUACAGGGCCAUAUUUUAAUUGCCACAUUGUCUUAGUGUCCUUCAAAAUUGUCGGUUGCUUUAAAAUAUAGGGGAGGGAGGGGGAUCUGAUAAGUACAUUGUUGUAAUUGAUUUGUAUGUCUGAAUUGUCUUAUCAGAAAAAAAGUUACGGAUUUCAUCUGUUGAAACAAAAAUAAAAUACUUUCCUAAAAAUGUA